AAACAAUCCAACAGCCGAAAUGAAAGCGAAAGCAAAACUGUUUCCUCAGUGGUCAGUGUUGUUAUCGGAGUUAACGUUCGUUUUGGAUGAAGCGAAUCUCUUGAUGACUACUUUCGGACUUUUAUGUUUGACGACGGCUGAAGCAGGAAGUACUUUUUACUGCACUUGUUCAUUACUGAAUGGGAAUGUCUUUGAGAAGAUCUAUCUCUUUGGAUGUAAGCAGAGUCUCUGGUGUGAGGGGCCUUUUCAACUACAACCUGUCAUGUUGUGUAAAUGCUCUGCUUCAGUCCUUUUCAGCUACUACAGAGUUGUUUGACUUGCUCAACAGAUGGCAGCCAUCUGCUGAAUCUGAAUGCCCCCACAACAUUCCACUGCAGCUAAAGAGAGCAUUGCAUGCCAUGAGGGACCCACAGCAGCCUGCUCCUCAUUGUGACUUCCUGGACUGUCUUCAUUAUAACUACAUUCUCCGGUACAUUGAGCAUGACGCUGAUGAAGUGUUCCAUGCCAUCCUCAACCUCAUUCAGCAGCAGAUGUCUGAUCUGAGCCUGGCUGCAGAGAUCAAAAAUCUUUACAAGAUCACAAUGGAAGGACAGAUACAUUGUUUAGAAUGUGCAUAUGUGCACUGCGUCUCCACCUUCUUUCUAAGCCUCCCUCUACAUGUGUCUGAAGAUAAGAACACCUUGGAGGACUGUAUUCGUUCUUUCUUUGCAGUCCAGAAGUUAGAAAACAGCGAAAAAUUCUUCUGUGACAGGUGUGAGGAGAAGAAGCCAACUGCUCAGGGGUUUAAGAUUGUUUCACUGCCAUCCAUCCUGUGUAUCCAUCUGAAAAGAUUCAGAAGUCGCUCUGGCUUUGCCAGGAAGCUGUUUUGUGAAGUCACUUUCCCUGAAUCCUUCAACAUGGCUGACAUUUUAAAAGAAGAAAAAUCAACUCAGGAAAUGCUUGUGAGAAGUUACAACCUGUUUGCUGUUAUAGUGCAUUCAGGGGUCACCUUCGGUCAUUACACAGCAUACAUCCGUUCCAUGCAGGACCAGAUGUGGUAUUUCACCAAUGACAGCCAGGUGUAUCCGGCCAGCUGGAAGGAGGUUCAGCAAACAUAUGGAGGGUUAGGGUAUAAUACUGCAUAUAUGCUGCUGUACAGGACAGUUGGCACAGAGACAGAACAGGGGUCUUCAAGCUGAAGUUCUAAUCACCAUCUACCUUUUUGUACAAGGCUGAGGAAAGAAAGGACAUAGCAAGACACUGUGUUGGAUAGGUCCCAAUACAAGUGACUAUAAAAUAUGUUUUUAAGAGAUUUUUUUAAAUAUAGAAUCUCAGAAUUUGGUCUGUCUUAUAUUGCAUAUUCAUAAACUGUAAAAUUAACUGACCCUCCCACUCUUCACACCUCGGCAUCGCUUGACUGGAGUAACAUUAUAGCUACCAAGAGAUGGCACUCGUUUACAAAUGCUUUACAAAUGUUUAGGAUGCAAGAGGGAGAAUAUCACUCUAUACAUUCUGUUCCAGAUAUUCAGACCAACUCAAAAUGGUUCUGAUUUCUUUCUGGGGUUGAAGUGAUACCCAGUACAAUAAUUUGUACAAAGCAUUUUGUUGGCAUCUCAUUUGUAAAUUAGGCUCAAUCCAGCACCAGGUUUUCAGCCGACUUUCCCAACACUUACUGGAGGCAGUGUGGAUGAUAUGACGGUAAAUCUUUAUUUUUAAAUAGCAGUCAUCAUUUUCAUUUGACAGUUUAUUUGGCAAUGUAGCUAAUAUAAGAAUGUAGCAAAAUGUGCAAGCUAACAUAAUUUUGUAAUCUAAUUAGCUUGCUAACAUUAACAUUAAGUAACGUUAAUCAAGAUCUCUAAAAGUCUUUCUCUCGUUGCCAGUAGGGCAUUUGAAUCCCCCUCAAACAGGGGGAUAACAUAUGCCAAUAUAAUGUUUAUCCAGCUCAUGUUCAGACCAUUUUGGAGUUACAAGUUAGCAGUUAACAAUAUGAGACUUAAGUUUCUUAUUGAAACUAUUUGCCAGCUUCUUGUUUGAUUUUUUCUGCUUCAUCUUAAAUUGCGUGGCCAUGCUGCAAAGCCAUCAAUUAGCUGGCUAACAAACAGAAAUCUAAGCUAUUUGGUACAUCAGUAUGUCGUAUGCUGGAAAUCGAAUCAUAUUAAUGCGGCCUCAACCUCACAAGGGAGAUUUUGAACAAGAACCUGAAAACGCAGCCUUAGCUCGCAGAUUCUCAGUGUUACCAUUUAAAAGAUUUCUGUUUGUUAACUAGCUAAUCAAAGCUCUUGCUUUUUAAAUAUCAUGCUAACACGAAACCAGAAAUCAGCUUCUAGCACAUUCACAAAGUGAACAGUAAAAGGUGACACAGAAAGAAAAAAGACAUUCCUUUAUUGUCUUUUUUGGGAAAAAUAGAAGGCAAUUCAUAUAUAGAAAUUUGUUUGCUGAAAUAUUUGAUUUUGAUGAGUUUUAAGGAGGCGGCAGUGGCAUUGAUGCCAGGAGAAGAAGAAUGCAGAAGAAUUUUGUUUUUACCAAUCUCACGUACACGUCCUUGCUUAGUCACAAUUAUGAAUAACCGGUUUAGUCACAGUUAAGUUAGAAUCUAUUUAUUUUGCAUGAUUUUGUACUCUCUUGAUUAAAGAAAAAUUGGUAAACAGAGUUAUGUUAAUUGAUGUGAUAGCAUAGCCAAAUGUGUUUUAACAUAUAGAUAAUGGUAUAAUUAAAUGCAAUAGCUUAAGGCAAAUGAUUUUUUUAAUGUAAUGGUAUAUUAAUGAAGUAAAAUCAACUGAAAUGGCUAAUCAAGGAUGACAUGGCACUUUUAGAAGAAAGGUUGUUGCAGCCAAAAGCAACUCUUAUCACUUUCAUUUGUGAAGCUUUAAUCUUUAAUAAAAGAUUAUAUUCUCUGUUA